GCGGAGCGGGGGAGGCUGCUUUGGAGAUUGCCGCCGCUGCUGAUGGAUGCUUGGAGGGUGCCUGCCUUCGCUCCCCGUUUCUCUUUCAUCUGAGGACGCCUCCGGCUCUGUUAAACUCUCUGCCUGCUGGUACCGUUUGCAGAUAACAGGAAGAAGCCUGAGCCCGAGAGGCAGUUCCCCACCUUCUUCCACCUAACGUAACCCGUUGGGGCUCCUUUGAAGGCUUGCUGGCGCCCCGGCGGUGAUGGCAGUGCUGGGGUCCCUUAGGCUGUACUAAGAGCCUCUUGUUUUCUCUUCCCUUUCUUCUUAGAGGCAUUUCAUCUUUAAGGGCCGGCUGCUGGCGCACACUUUUAUACCCACCGAAGUGAUCAGGAAACCAUGUUGUCUGGUGGAAGAAGCGCGUUUCUGUGCCUUGGGAUGAUGUGGAGCUUCUGGAGCUCCCUGAGUUGGAUGCCUGUUGGAGGAUGCCCCCACAAAUGUACAUGCAUUGCUUCCAACGUGGACUGUCACGGACUGGGACUGAAAACCGUACCGAGGGAUAUUCCCAGGAAUGCAGAGAGACUUGAUCUAGAAAAAAAUAACAUUACAAGAAUCACGAAGAUGGACUUUGCAGGACUGAAGAAUCUCCGUGUCUUACACUUGGAGGAAAAUCAGAUUAGUGUAAUAGAACGUGGAGCAUUUCAGGAUCUAAAGCAACUUGAACGGCUGCGUCUGAACAGGAAUAAAUUGCAAGUUCUUCCAGAGCUGCUUUUUCAGAACACACAGAAGUUAACCAGAUUAGACCUAAGUGAAAACCAGAUAAAAGGAAUCCCUAGGAAGGCCUUUCGAGGAAUCAUCGAUGUGAAGAACUUUACUCUCAACAAUAACAACAUCACCCGCAUUCCUGUUACCAGUUUCAAUCACAUGCCGAAGAUCAGGACUCUGCGGCUUCACUCCAAUUUCCUGCACUGCGACUGCCACCUGGCCUGGCUCUCCGACUGGCUGCGGCAGAGGCGCACCAUCGGCCAGUUCACCUUCUGCCUGGCACCUGUAAGCCUCCGGGGUUUCCUUGUGGCCGAGGUUCAGAAAAAGGACUUUAUCUGCUCUGGUUCCCAGUCUGAAGCUCCAUCGUGCAGUGCCAGUUCCAUCACUUGCCCAUCUGCCUGCACCUGCAGCAACAACGUAGUGGACUGUCGAGGACGGGGCUUAGUAGAAAUUCCAGCUAACCUACCAGAGGACAUUUGGGAAAUACGUUUGGAACAAAACCUCAUCAAAAUCAUCCCCCCUGGAGCUUUCACCCAGUACAAGAAACUUAAGAGAAUAGACAUCAGCAAGAAUCAAAUAACUGACAUUGCACCUGAUGCGUUCAAAGGCUUGAAAUCUCUCAUUUCGUUAGUGCUCUAUGGAAACAAGAUCACAGAGAUUCCCCAGGGCCUUUUUGAUGAUCUUGUGUCUCUACAGCUGCUGCUUCUCAAUGCCAAUAAGAUCAACUGCCUGAGGGUAAACACGUUCCAAGGUCUGCAUAAUCUCAAACUGCUAUCUCUUUAUGACAACAAACUGCAGACCAUCAGCAAGGGGCUCUUUGCACCUCUCCGGUCGAUCCAGACUCUACAUUUAGCUCAGAAUCCAUUUGUGUGCGACUGCCAUUUGAAGUGGCUGGCUGAUUACCUGCAGGAUAAUCCGAUAGAAACCAGCGGCGCUCGAUGCAGCAGUCCGCGUCGCCUUGCCAACAAACGCAUCAGCCAGAUCAAGAGCAAGAAGUUCCGCUGCUCAGGGUCGGAGGAUUACAGAAGCAAAUUCACCGGGAAGUGCUUCAUGGACCUUGUCUGUCCUGAGAAGUGUCGCUGCGAGGGAACUAUUGUAGACUGCUCUAACCAGAAGCUAACCCGAUUACCCAGUCACCUUCCCGAAUAUACUACUGAUCUACGUUUGAAUGACAAUGAUAUUUCUGUUUUGGAAGCUAUUGGACUCUUCAAGAAAUUGCCCAACCUCAGAAAAAUAAAUCUGAGCAACAAUAAGAUCAAGGAGAUCCGAGAAGGCACAUUUGAUGGGGCUUCAGGAGUGCAGGAACUGAUUUUGACAGAGAAUCAACUGGAAUCAGUGCAUGGACGAAUGUUUAGAGGCCUCACAGGGCUGAAGACGUUGAUGCUAAGGAGCAACUCUCUCAGCUGUAUAAACAAUGACACCUUUGCAGGCCUGAGUUCAGUGAGGCUGCUUUCUCUGUAUGACAACCACAUCAGCACCAUCACCCCUGGAGCCUUCAGCACACUAGUCUCUUUGUCUACGAUUAAUUUGCUGGCUAACUCCUUUAACUGUAACUGCCACUUGGCUUGGCUGGGAAAAUGGCUGAGGAAGAAGAGAAUUGUCAGCGGAAAUCCACGCUGCUUGAAACCUUUCUUCUUAAAGGAUAUUCCAAUCCAAGAUGUGGAUGCCCAGGACUUCACCUGUGAUGGUAACGACGAGAGCAGCUGCUCGGUUUCUCCACCCUGUCCCCCGCAGUGUACCUGCGUGGAUUCGGUGGUGCGCUGCAGCAACAAAGGUCUGCGCGUCUUGCCCAAAGGAAUCCCCAAAGAUGUGACCGAGCUAUACCUGGAAGGAAACCAUCUGACUGCUGUACCUAAGGGGCUGUCGGCGUUCAGACACCUGACUCUGAUUGAUUUGAGCAACAACAGCAUAAGCGUACUGGCCAAUUACACCUUCAGCAACAUGACUCAGCUGUCAACACUGAUCCUGAGUUACAACAGGCUUCGAUGCAUUCCGGUCCACGCGUUCCACGGGCUCAGGUCUCUCCGCGUGCUGACGCUGCACGGGAAUGCCAUCGCCACCCUGCCCGAAGGCUCCUUCGGUGACCUGGUGUCCCUCUCCCACCUGGCUCUGGGCACCAACCCUUUGCACUGCGACUGCAGCCUGCGCUGGCUCUCCGAGUGGGUGAAGGCGGGCUACAAGGAGCCGGGGAUCGCGCGCUGCAGCGGGCCGGAGCCCAUGGCCGACAGGCUGCUGCUCACCACGCCGACUCACCACUUCCAGUGCAAAGAGCCGGUAGACAUCAGUGUUGUGUCCAAGUGUAACCCUUGCCUCUCCAACCCGUGUAAGAACAAUGGGACGUGCAACAAUGAUCCAGUGGAGUUUUAUCAGUGCACUUGCCCUUUUGGCUUCAAGGGUCGAGACUGCAGUGUGCCCAUUAAUUCUUGCAUUCAAAAUCCAUGUCAGAAUGGAGGGACCUGCCACCUCACCGAGGCAAAUAAAGAUGGAUUCAGCUGUUCUUGCCUCCUUGGGUACGAGGGGGAGAGGUGUGAAAUAAACCCGGAUGACUGUGAAGAUAAUGACUGUGAGAAUAACUCUACGUGCGUGGACGGGAUCAACAACUAUGUCUGUCUCUGCCCUCCUAAUUACACAGGUGAACUAUGUGAUGAGGUGAUCAACCAUUGUGUUCCUGAGCUAAAUCCGUGCCAACACGAGUCCAAAUGUCUCCCCCUCGACAAAGGAUUCAGAUGCGAGUGCUUGCCGGGCUACAGCGGCAAACACUGCGAGGUCGAUGACGACGACUGUGCAGGCCAUAAGUGUCGGCACGGUGCUGUCUGCGUGGACGCGGUCGACGGCUACACCUGCGUCUGUCCUCAGGGCUUCAGCGGACUGUUCUGCGAAAACCCUCCGCCGAUGGUUCUGCUGCAGACGAGUCCGUGUGACAACUACGAGUGCCAGAACGGCGCGCAGUGCAUCGUGGUGCACCACGAGCCCGUCUGCCGGUGCCUGGCGGGCUUCGCCGGGCAGAAGUGCGAGAAGCUCAUCACGGUCAACUUUGUGGGGAAGGAUUCCUACGUGGAGCUGCCAUCGGCCAAAAUUCGCCCUCAGGCAAACAUCUCCCUCCAGGUGGCAACAGACAAGGACAACGGCAUCUUAUUGUACAAAGGAGACAAUGAUCCUUUGGCUUUGGAGUUGUACCAAGGACAUGUGAGGCUCAUCUACGACACGCUCAAUUCUCCACCUACCACAGUAUACAGUGUGGAAACAGUAAAUGAUGGGCAGUUUCAUAGCGUGGAGCUGGUGAUGCUGAAUCAAACUCUGAACCUGGUGGUGGACAAGGGGACUCCCAAGAGUCUAGGAAAACUCCAGAAACAAUCUUCUGUCAGCCUCAACACACCCCUCUACAUUGGAGGGAUCCCAACCUCUACUGGAUUAUCUUCACUGCGCCAGGGUGCAGAUAAGACGCCAAAUGGUUUUCAUGGAUGUAUUCAUGAUGUCCGCAUCAAUAACGAGCUGCAGGAUUUCAAGGAUUUACCACAGCAGUCACUAGGAGUCUUUCCUGGUUGCAAAUCCUGUAACAUCUGCAAGCAUGGCAUUUGCCGGUCCCUAGAGAAAACAAGUGUGAUUUGUGAAUGUCACCCAGGCUGGACAGGCCCCCUUUGUGACCAGGAAAUUGGAGACCCAUGUCUUAACCACAAGUGUCUGCAUGGUAAGUGCAUGGCGGCCAAUGUUGCUUACACCUGUAAGUGCAUGGAGGGCUACACGGGCAUGUACUGUGACAAGAAGAACAAUUCCUCAAACCCCUGCAGGAUUUUGAAAUGCAACCACGGGCAGUGUAAACUUUCCGAGCACGGGGAACCCUACUGCGAAUGCGAUCCUAACUAUAGCGGAGAACAUUGUGACAGAGAGAAUCUCUGCCAAGGCGAGAUCAUUCGAGAAGUCAUCCGUAAGCAGCAGGGCUACACGUCGUGCGUCAGCGCCUCCAAGGUGCCCCGCAUGGAGUGCCGCGGCAGCUGCAGCCACGGGCACUGCUGCGUCCCUCUGCGCAGCAAAAGGCGGAAAUACAUCUUCCAGUGUGCCGAUGGCUCCACCUUCAUGGAAGAGCUGGAGAGACAUGUGGAGUGCGGCUGCUCAAAAUGCUUAUAAGCCAUUCUCCAGUCUUUGCCACUUUAAUCGACUCAGAAGCGCUAUCCAAACGGGACCUAUUUACUUUCAGAGUGAAGAAGAAGAAAAGAAUUAUUAAGUAUAUUGUAAAAUAAACAAAAAAUAGAACUUAUUUUUAUUAUGGAAAGUGACUAUUUUCAUCUUUUAUUAUAUAAAGUAUCGCACCACUUUGGGUAUAUGUAUCAUAUAGUGAGUUAUUUUUACCAUGAAACUUUUUUAACAGUUGUAAGAAAAAAAAAAGCUAAAAUUAAAAAAAAUAUAUAAAGAAAACAUAGCCUAACAGGAAAAACGUGGGGGUGACUUUAUAUGUAUGCACAAUGGACAAGUGUAAAGGUGUUCCAAGGACCUGCCGCAGAAUUGAUCCAGGCUGAAGAAAUCUCCGAGUUUCUGGGUAGGUCUCCUAAGAAAGUGGAUCCCCAUAACUGACAGCCAUCUCGCUUAUUCAGGCACCUGAAAAAGCCUCCCUCUCGGUCCCUAGCCCUGCCUACCACUGCUGAUGCUGUUUUGUUCCUGUACAGUGGCUCAGCUUGAUAUUCUUGAAUCGGUUCCCCAUAGCACGUAGGCACUGCCAUAGCUUAAGGCUAACUUCAUUAUUUGAAUAUUGUAAUACUAUAAUACAUUUUUGCUGUGUAUGUUUGUAUUUAUCUGUGUUCACAAUAUAUUCUUCAGCAACUGUAUCUAUAGAGCACAGGCAGCUUUAUCCAAAAGAGGGGGCCAAAGGGAAAGGAAGUGGGGAAUAUAUGUUGCUUUGGGGAAAUUGGGGGCAAAAUGUGAAAUAGUGCUAAGUAAUGCCUAAUAAAUGACAUACUAAUUUUGUGUUAACUCCUCACCUAUGUUAUUUCCCAGGUUUGUGCCUUCUUGCUCCCAGCCUUGAGCCCUUUUUUGUAUAUGAAAUAUAAGGAAUGCACUGCUUGUCGCCUUGACGCCUUGACACUUUAGCUGGCAAAGGUCACAGAGAGCAUGAAAACAUUACAGGUGCCAGAUUUACCUACUGCGUAACGCGUUUAACUCUGUCACUUCAGCCAAGAUGUAAUCUGGUCUGUAGCUGCCUGUUCGUCAAGACUCUUGUACCGAGCAGAUGGCUGCUUUUCCACAGCCUUUUAAAUGAGCAGAAGUUGCACUAUAUCCAGGUGACUGAUGUUCUUCAUCCGCUACUCGUCCAUCGCAGCAGCACCUCUCCUCUUUGCAUGGGGAGAGACUUUA